AUGGAUGUUAAAAUCAGUCUUUCAUCUCGUGGAAUUGCAGCUGCACUCAUACCUCCUGCAGACCCUCCCCAAGGAAUUGCACAAUUAACCGAGCAGCAACAAUAUGCUGCUUUAUACAUAAUAAGGCACCAUAUCCAUCCAGAUCUAAAAUCUGAAUAUUUGAUGGAGGAAUCUCCAAGCAAUAUGUGGCAAUCACUUAAGACUAGAUAUGAACAGCAAAAGGCAAUUAUACUUCCUGAAGCUAGUCAUGAGUGGACCCAUUUAAGACUCCAAGAUUUCAAAUCGAUCGGAGCUUAUAAUCAUGAGGUUCAUAAAAUUUGUUCAAAGUUGCGGUUUUGCGAGAAGGAGCCUACAGAAGCAGAUAAGAUAGAAAAGACUCUAUCCACUAUGCUCCCGGCUGACAGGAUCCUACAGCAACAAUAUCGUUCCCGCAAUUAUACAGUUUACUCUGAACUGAUACAUGUGCUCCUCCAGGCUGAGAAACACGAUGAACUUCUGCUAAAGAAUAGUAAUCAACGCCCAGUCGGGGCCGCUCCUCUGCUUGAAGUACAUGCAAAUUUUCAGAAAAACACCAAGUUCCAUGGUUUUUUCAAAGGCCAAAACAAGAACUUUAAGGGUAAGAGCAACCACAAGAAGAAGAACAAGCCACAAAAUUCAGACAAGGGGAAGGGCAUAACAAAGAAUAAGUUUGAUAAAACUAAACUUUGCCAGAAAUGUGGAUCCUACAAGCAUGUCACCAAAAAAUGCCGCAUCCCAAGACAUCUGGUAAACCUCUACCUGCAAUCCAUGGGACGUAACAGACCUACCCAAGGAGCAAGAUAUGAACCUGAUGACAACAAGGAAGCUGGUUGUUCACAAGAUGUUCAAGGAGCACCAAGUAACAACAAGGAAUUCCAUCGAUCGCAGGACUCCAUGGACACGGAGAACAUGAUGACCGAAUACGCCGCCGACAUGUUCGGUGACUUUGACUAG